CAAAAAUUCCAAUCAGUCAGUUACGGCGGAUCAACUGCGGCGUUAACACAUAUCCGGAGGUAGCGACUGACCGGUGUGGUGCCUUUUGAAAAAAAAUAUCUUCUCACUUUCCUUGGAUUAAGGAAUCGAAGAGUGGGGAUAAUAUCCGUGCAGAAAAUUGAAAAGUGCCAAAUAGUGUUGCGACAGAAAAAAAAACUGGUGAAUUGUAAUAUUCCGAUUACUGGAAUACUAAUUGUAACAGAGUGCUUCUUCUGUGAUAACUUUUGUGUUUCCUAUAAGUCGUACUUAUAGAAGGGAACCGGAAACAGUGAGUGAUCAUAAUGUCCGCUACAGUAGCACCAGCGGAUCAAAUGACGGCAAAUGCCAACAUUGCUUCGCCGAUGAACGUGUUCUACUUUCUGCUGGUUCCGGCCCUUCUCCUGUGGUUUAUUUAUUGGCGAUUAUCCCGACGACGCAUGCUGGAGCUAGCGGAGAAAAUCCCUGGCCCACCUGGAUUACCUCUCGUCGGAAAUGCACUUGAGCUGAUCGGAAGCUCACACUCCGUGUUUCGAAACGUGAUCGAGAAAGGAAAGGACUUCAAUCAGGUCAUCAAAAUUUGGAUUGGACCUAAGCUGAUAGUCUUUCUGGUGGAUCCACGCGACGUUGAGCUGCUGCUCAGCAGUCAUGUGUACAUUGACAAAUCCCCCGAGUAUCGUUUCUUCAAACCAUGGCUGGGAAAUGGACUGCUCAUCAGUACAGGACACAAAUGGCGUCAACACCGUAAGCUGAUCGCACCCACCUUCCACCUGAAUGUGUUGAAAAGCUUCAUCGACUUAUUCAACGAAAACUCUCGGCUGGUGGUGGACAAAAUGCGCAAGGAGGCCGGAAAGACCUUCGACUGUCACGAUUACAUGAGCGAAUGCACUGUGGAAAUCCUGCUAGAAACUGCCAUGGGUGUUUCAAAAAAGACCCAGGAUCAAUCUGGCUUCGACUAUGCGAUGGCCGUGAUGAAGAUGUGCGAUAUCUUACAUCUGCGCCACCGAAAAAUGUGGCUCUACCCAGAUAUGUUCUUCAACAUGACUCAGUACGCUAAGCGCCAGGUAAAACUUCUGGACACCAUCCACAGCUUAACGCGCAAAGUGAUCCGCAACAAGAAAGCUGCAUUCGAAACGGGAACGCGAGGUACAUUGGCAACAACCUCUAUCAAAACAGCUGAAUACGAGAAACCAAAAGUGAACACCAACAGCAGUACGGUUGAGGGGCUUUCAUUCGGACAAUCUGCGAACCUGAAGGAUGAUUUGGACGUGGAAGAGAACGACGUCGGGGAGAAGAAACGCCUGGCUUUCCUCGAUCUUCUAUUGGAAAGCGCAGAGAAUGGCGCUCUAAUUUCGGACGAAGAAAUCAAAAAUCAGGUAGAUACUAUCAUGUUCGAGGGUCACGACACUACCGCCGCAGGCAGCAGUUUCUUCCUGUCCAUGAUGGGUAUACAUCAGCAUAUUCAAGAUAAGGUUAUUCAGGAGCUGGACGAUAUUUUCGGUGACUCAGACAGACCAGCAACAUUCCAAGACACCCUGGAAAUGAAGUAUCUCGAACGGUGUUUGAUGGAAACCCUGCGCAUGUAUCCUCCAGUACCGAUAAUCGCCAGAUCACUUAAACAAGACCUUAAACUUGCAUCCAAUGAUUUGAUUGUGCCUGCUGGAGCAACGAUCACAGUGGCGACAUACAAACUGCAUCGGUUAGAAUCGAUCUACCCAAAUCCUGAUGUUUUCGAUCCGGAUAAUUUCCUACCGGAACGACAAGCCAACCGACAUUAUUAUGCAUUCGUACCGUUUUCUGCCGGUCCGAGAAGUUGUGUUGGUCGUAAAUAUGCUAUGCUGAAGCUGAAGAUAAUCCUCUCAACGAUACUACGCAAUUUCCGUGUUAUAUCCGACCUUAAGGAAAAAGACUUCAAAUUACAGGCCGACAUAAUUUUGAAACGGGAAGAAGGAUUCCAGGUUCGUCUUGAGCCGCGUACACGAAAACCGAAAGCUACGCAAGCCUAAGCGAGAUAAAGUUGUGUAGCUUAAAAUCGACACUUAAGAAUCAGGAUCUCUCCUGGAAAAAAACCAUAGUGACUAAAGUAUCUCGGGCAUACCAAUUCUGAAAAAAAUAUUAUUAUUCUUGUUAUUAGUAUGUUUAACAAAUACAUUAGAAUUUGAUACGAACGGGGUAUAGAAGUAUCGCAUUAGGUUAGGAUGUUCUGUAAAGCAUGAAUGUGUGUGAUUUAAUAAAUAAAAAAGAUGGUGAAGAGCUCGUUCUUUUAAGAUUAUGUUGUGUUAGUAUAAUAUAUCUUAUCAUAUACAAAGGGUUAUUAAAAUAAACGAAACAAGAA